AUGGUACAGGCUAAGCCGGUGGAUGAGGGUCAGAUUGACUACCUCUUAGCCUACUAUGGACCUAAUAGUUUGAAAAUACCUCUUACUCCUAUUUGCACAAAAAUAUUUACAGAGAUCUUAACACCCUUCUACCUUUUCCAAGCAUUCAGUGUUGCCCUAUGGAUGUCUUCAGAGUACUACGUUUUCGCAUCAAUCAUACUCCUUUUUUCGAUGUCUUCAAUUUCUCUGACCGUUUUUUCCUGCCGGCGAAAUGAACGCGCAUUGCUGAAGAAGGUGGCUAUGGCCGAGGAAGCACUGGCUCUUCGAUCAAAUUCUACAACGCCUUCUUAUGUGCCUUCUGCAAGUCUGGUGCCUGGCGACAUCAUCUGCAUACCCAAGACCGGAUGUGAAAUGAACGCGGAUGUGCUGCUCCUCAGUGGUGACUGCAUUGUCAACGAGAGCGCCCUUACAGCUGACUUGUACCGACAGGGCUUUGAUGUCGCGGGGAAGAGAUUACCAGGAUACUAA